CCACCCAGUUGUACCCUUUCUCCCGGCUUAUCUCAUCUUCUGCUCUGUGUUUUUUUUCCUAGCUCGCGAGCUAGAACCCCCCCAGAAAUGCCUGUCACGGGACCUGCGUCGCUGUCUUCCUUCUCCACCCUUUUCGUCUUCUUGAUUUUCGCCAAUGUGGCUGUUCUCGUCACCCCCAAGUCCACCAUCGAGCCCUGCUCGAACUCCAACUCUUGCAACGCCCUGCUCGGCUACACCCUCUACACCGACCUCAAAGUCUCCGAGGUCGCCUCUCUCUUCCAGAUAGACCCCAUCUCGCUCCUCACCGCGAAUGCCAUCGACAUCUCGUACCCCGAUGUCGAGAACCACAUCCUCCCUUCGCAGCUCUUCCUCAAAGUCCCCAUCACUUGCUCCUGCGUCGAUGGAAUCCGGAAAUCCGUGUCGACCCGGUACAAAACCCGGCCCUCGGACACCCUCUCGCUGAUUGCGGAUUCCAUAUACUCCGGUCUGGUCUCCUCGGAUCAAAUAAGGGAGGCUAAUUCGAUAUCGGACCCCUCGGUAUUGGACGUGGGGCAGAACUUGGUGGUGCCGCUCCCCUGCACUUGCUUCAAUGGGACCGAUAACUCGUUGCCGGCAAUUUAUCUGUCCUACGUGGUGAAGCCGGUGGAUACAUUGGCAGGCAUCGCAUCCAAGUAUUCCACUACAAUUACGGAUUUGAUGAACGUGAAUGCUAUGGGGAGUUCGGCUAUAGAUGCCGGCGACAUUCUUGCAGUUCCACUGCCAGCCUGUGCUUCUAAUUUUCCAAGAUACGCCUCAGAUUACGGUCUAAUUGUGCCUAAUGGGAGCUAUGCCAUCACAGCAAGCCAUUGUGUGCAGUGCAGUUGUGGGCCGGGAAAUCUCAAAUUGUACUGCAUGCCUGCUUCACUAGCAGUUUCUUGUUCUAGCAUGCAAUGUCGAAACAGUAACUUGAUGCUUGGAAAUGUUACUGCUCAACAGAGCAGUGCUGGAUGCAAUGUCAGUGCGUGUAGCUAUGGUGGUUUUGUCAAUAGCUCGAUCGUCACCACGUUGUCCGCAUCUCUCCAACCGCGAUGCCCAGGAGUGCAGCAAUUUCCUCCGCUUAUAGCCCCACCUUCCUCGGUCAUCAAAGAUUCAACAUUUGCUCCAGCACCCGCCCCGCAAUCGGACGGUGCCAUUUCACCCACGUCUUCGGUGGUGCCAAGUACAAGUUCGCUUCCAGGAUUUAACCCUGCAAAUGCUCCUGCUGGAAGUGCUUCGGGUGUCUCUGCUGCUCGCUCAUUGAUGAAUCCUAUCGACAUUUUACCAGCUGUGGUGACAUUGCUUUUGUUUGUCAAGUUGAUGAUCUUUCCUUCGUUGUGAUUCCACUAGGGUGGCUACCACCAGACGGUGAGGGGUUUUGUUACAUUGAUGUUGCUAUGGCCCGGUAAGAUUGGUUUCCUCGUUUGUCUGCUGUAUCUACGUGUUUCCUUUUCCUUUUUGGUGCCUUAUUUAUUAUUCUAUGGGAUCAAACUUAAUUUUUUUAUGUGGAGACGUGAGACUCUUUCGGAGCAAUUUGUAUCUUUGAUUCAGGGAAGGAACCUGUUUUUUUGCUA